AGCGCAGUAAGUAUUGAAUCGUCAUCCAUGCGUGAAGGAUAAGCGGCGAGGUUGGAAAUUCUUCUUUUUACCUCCGUAUUGUAAUGGUGAGAGAGGAAGGGCUAAAUAUGGAGGAAAUGGAGGUUAUACAAAGAUAAUGGAAAAGAGUCAUAUUGUUCACAGGAUGAUUCUCACAAUUGGCCUCUUUGUCAUCCUUUUCGGUCACGUGGUGUCACACGGUUACUUGGACUGGCCGCCUCAGCGCUCAUCCCUAUGGAGGCAUGGUUUCAACACACCUAAGAAUUACAAUGACAAUUCACUUUACUGUGGAGGAAGACAGGGGCUGGUUAAAUCUGGCGGGAAAUGCGGAGUCUGUGGGGAUCCCUACUUGGGAAGAAAGGAAAACGAGGCAGGGGGUCUGUACGCCCAGGGAGUCUUUGCAGAAACAUACCCGGCAGGGACAGAAUACAUACCAGUCACAGUGAAGCUGACCACCCAUCACAAGGGUUUUUUCGAGUUUCGAAUCUGUCCCCAUAACAGACCAAACGUUCCGGUAACCCAGGAGUGUUUGGAUCGAAAUCUGCUUCACAUCAAAGAAGGAGAUGAAAAGAGCGGUUACACAAGAUAUUACCCAGAAAAACACCAGGGAAUAGAUAUCUAUAAUCUACAUUUAGAAAUACCCGCGGGAAUGAGAUGUUCUCAAUGUGUUCUAAAUUGGCGAUACAAAACAGGAAACAGCUGGGGUACCGAUCCAGACGGGCGAAGUUGUCUUGGUUGUGGUCUGCAAGAGGAGUUCCGAAAUUGUGCCGAUAUUCGGAUCGAAGGAGACUCGUCAAGCGCUUCCAGAGAAAUAGUUUUGUACAGUGAUUCAAACUCACAUGGAAGUGAAGAAGUUUUCCUUUAUAACAGUCUUGAAGAGAAUAGAAUCGUUGCGUCUUCCAGCGGCGGAACAAGUGAUAUCAUAAUAGAGAAUUCCCCGGAAAUAUAUGGAAGCGCAGAGCCAACACAAUUUAGUGAGGAGAUUUUUAUAAAAGAUCAUAUUGAUAACUUUGUUAAAGGAGAAAAGCAUUUUAUAAACAACGAAAUUGUUCAAACAAAGGGUGUUAUAGAGGAGUACAUUCCUAAUCGACAAAUAAACCAGGAACGCAAAUUUCGUGUUCCCAUAAAACAUAACUAUGAGCCUGUUUUGAUACAGAAUGCGAAACCUACACCAAGAAUUAUUCACCACUUCGAUCAGAAAACGCCUUUAAACAAACCCAAUAAUAAAAACUUCCACAAUAUGGAGAGAAGUCCGCUUAACACCGGAAAUGGUUUUUUACCAAGUUUAAAAGAAAUUGCACCUGAAACCAAAAGGCAAUCACUGUUUAACCGUGCUAUUGACAAAAGUGGUUCGCCAAAUGUGCCAAGAAACAUAGCAAAACAGCGAUCUGUUAAAAAUACUCAAAGCAGCAAAAAUCCGUACAAUAUUUCUAAAGCAAAGGCAAGAGAAAUAUUCAUGAGGCUUCAAACCAUUAAAAAUAUGCGUGCUGGAUUGGUUAAUAAUGACAUCACAAAGCAAUUAGGUGUAGGUAAACAACAACAAUCAAGAAACGGAAACAAACAUUUAGAAGCGAUUAAUCCAAUCAAUCGAAACAUGUUCUUGUUUUCACCAAGAGCACGCAUGGCGCCAUUAACUGUUGUUUCACCGACAGAAAGACCGAAAAUGGUGGAAGCUCAAAAUAUACGCCCUCGGGAAAUAAAUAACAGAAGGCCUGCAAAUAAUGUGUUACUUAUAACACCACCCUCUAGAUCUCGUGCACAACCUUCUAAUUUAUCCUCUCAAAGAACAUUACCAAAUAGUUUGAAUAGAAGUUCCAGAAACAGAGGACAAAAUGAACAAGGAACGAGAACCUCACUUCGCAACCGAGCACAACAGGUGAAUAGUCUCCUUCGGACACGAGACAGAAUACUGAGAAAUAACAGAAACGGUGAUUCUAAUGGAGGUUUAAGUAUGAGAACCAUCUCAACAUCCGACUUACAAAAUCGGGGCGGAAACUCAUUCGGGGCAAACCAUCAAGCCCAGGCCAAUAAUAGAAACAAUCUUAUGAGUUUAAGAAGAAAUAGAAAUAAUUUCUUAACAUCAAGAAGGCAAGCUUGGUUACCACAAUCAAGACCAGUGACGCCCGUAAAUUCUCAAAGACGAGUCGCUAACUUAAGUGCCAACCGUCAGAAUGUUCAAAAUGGACGUUUUCAGAACUUCAAUACAAUACAAAGACAACCCUUUCAAAGAGCAUUUCAACAACAACGUUCUGUUAAUACAUCCCCUGUAAGAAGGACAUUUGUUAACCAGAGAACAGGUGCCCGACAAUCGUUACCCGUAUCACGGUCCAGAACGGUAUCUAUGAACAGUCAAUUCCGAGGUGUUCAGAAUGACGCUAACUCGAGACUUUUACCUCGCCAGCGGGGUGUGCUAAACUCUUUGAGAAGGACAGCGUUUCCCCAGAACCGCAACGUGUUUUUUAGCAAUAGAAUUUCGUGAUGGAUGUACGAGAUUAUUUUAGCAACGAGAGAAAUGUAAACGAGCUAAAUCUUUAUGUGGAAAAUGGAUUUUUGAAUACAAUGAAGCGCAUUGAAGUGGUAACAAUUUUCGUUAGAAUGGAAUGUCCUAAACUUUGUAUCGAACGUCAAUUGCUACAUAAGACGCGCCAAUUUCUUCUAUAACGAGGAAAACAGUAUUCGUAACAAUGCUUUCGGAACAGCUCAUCUUCUAAACAACACAAGCAGGCCCUGCGCAUACCCCAGUCCCCUCAACAAGCUGCGAACACAGCAACAAAUGCAGAAAAAUUCUUCGUCUUCUUCGAUCUUCUGCAUUUGUUGCUGUGUUCGCAGCUCGUUGAGGGGACUGGGAUAUGCGCGGGGCAUGGAAAACAUAUACGGAGAAAAUAUCGGGAUUCAGUUUGUGUCCACAUUUCGGUCCGCAGCCCUGCUUGUGUUGUUUAGAAGAUGAGCGGUUCCGAAAGCAUUGUUACGAAUACUGUUUUCCUUGUUAUAAAAGAAAUGGGCGUGUCUUAUGUAACAAUUGAUGUUCGAUACAAAGUUUAGAAUAAUCCAUUCAAACGAACAUUUUUACCACUUCAAUGCGCUUCAUUGUAACUGUAAUAACGAAUUAAAUAACAGCACCAAAGAGAAUGUUCCGUCCUAUUUGCAAAGACAAAAAAAUUAAAUUAUUACACAUA